GUUCUUUGGGAGCAUUGGAUCACGUGAGAACGAUCACUGCGAGAUCGAAAGUCAUCUCGCAGGUGGAUCGGCGAAAAUACCCUCUCGAGUAUACAUAUAUCGGCCAGUGUGGAGAUCGGUGACGGGUCCGGUUCCUUUCUUUUUUCACAACGCUUCUUUCUUUCUUUACGUCGUCCCAUCCGCGAAACGGAGAUUGUCGCCAAUACGAAAAUCGAAUCGUGCCGCGCGUCGUAAUCUUCCUGUGCGUCUCGCGCGAUCUUCUUGCAAGAAGAGAGAAGACAACCACAAUCCCAGGAUCUCGCGUGAGUUCGCGCGAGUGGACGGCGCGAAUUGACCUAGGAUGAACUAGUGAAUCCUAUUGUCACGUGAUCCCGUGAGUUAAAUUCAAAAGUUGACUUCCCAAUGAACGUCACCGCGCCAAUCGACAGGAUGUCUAACAUCUACAACAACUCCGUAGUGCGAUACUGGCAAUUUCUGUUCCACGAUUUAUCCGAUCCUCGAACCAGGGAUUGGUUUCUUAUAUCGUCACCGGUACCCGGCCUCAGUAUCUUGAUCGGCUAUCUCUAUUUCGUAUUGUCAUGGGGCCCGAGAAACAUGGAACACCGGAAGCCGUACCAACUAAAAAACACUCUAGUCGUUUAUAACUUUUUGCAGAUUCUUCUUAGCACAUGGCUAUUUAAUGAAGGCAUGGACGCCAUAUUUUUCCAUAAUUACAGCUUCACAUGCGAGGGGGUGGAUUUUUCGUACAAACCGUAUCCUCUAAGAGUCGCAAGAGGCGUUUACAUUUAUUUUCUGGCGAAACUCACAGAGCUCCUCGACACGGUGUUCUUCGUAUUGCGCAAGAAGGAGAAACAAAUCACAUUUCUUCACAUGUACCAUCAUACCGUGAUGCCAAUGAUAUCGUGGGGCGCUACGAAGUAUUAUCCUGGUGGCCAUGGCGUCUUCGUAGGAAUUAUGAAUAGCUUUGUGCACAUCAUCAUGUACACUUAUUAUCUUCUGGCAGCAUUGCUACCUCACCAUCAGCAAAAACGGUAUCUCUGGUGGAAAAAGUACAUUACUACCCUACAAAUGACCCAAUUCUGUCUGGCCUUCCUACACAACUGCCUAUUGUUGUUCUACGACUGCAACUAUCCGAGAUGGUCGGUCGUGCUGGUACUGCCGAACGCGAUGUUCUUCUACUUCCUGUUCUCGGACUUCUACAAUAAUGCCUAUACCCCCAAGAAAGAAAACGACGGCGCAACGCCGUCGAUCCAGAAAUCCAAAGCGAACGGCGCCGUGGAGAAAGUGCGCAGCGAUGAGAUACCGAACGGAAAAGGGAAAAGCGACUAAACCGGUGCGGCCGAGGAAAGAGGCGAUGCGAUCGCAAUGAGACGGUCACUACCAUUUCACUUGGAAUCGCGCUGCAGUCUCUAUCUCGCUAAUCUAGCCGACGUAUCGCAGCUGCGUUCCACGCUAGGACGUUCGACGCGCAUCAAAGAGACAACGUAAACUGAAAACGACAGAGACGACCGGACAUUCCGCGCAAAACUAAACACGCAUCUGACUACACUCGACGAUUGAAUUUUCAAACUUUUUAGACAAACGAAAGCGAUCCACUCAUUACGUAUUUUCUUGUAUAUACGAUGGCGACGAAGUUGUAUCGAACGGCUAAGUCGUCAAGGAUAUAAUUAGGCAUAAUUAGAGCGUAGAACACCUACUCGCAUUGCAUUUUGUAUGUAUAUGCAAUUUAAAUGGACGAAUAAUGAAAAAAUUGUUAUUCGCGUUCUUGUUUGUCUUUAUUUAUAUUAUUUAUAUACUGAUAAUUUCAAAUGCUAAUCUAACAAACUAUCGGCAAAGUUUAAAAAUUUACGAUUUCAAAAACGCAGAUUUUUAAAUCUCGUAAAUCAAAAUUCUUUUCAGACUAGAAAUGUAUUAUCUGUCCUCUGCGUUUUCAAAAUACGCAAUAUUUUACGGUGAAAUUUUAUACGUUAUCAGAUUGCAAAUAAGCAGUAUUAUAAAUUAAUUUAAAAUUAUUUUCACUGCUACGAAAAGAUCGUUCUUCGGAAUGUAUAACACAUUGUAUCACUCAUGUCAUAUAAAGCAUAUUAUUAUUACAUAAUUAAAGCAAUAUUAUUUUAUUAUUUUUUUGAAGCAAUAUUAUUUGUAUACAAGAACACCGCGGAAUUUUACAUUUUUCAUAAAAUCCAGAGAAUACAUACCGAAAAGUAUUCGAAUUUAAAGCAUCACACAAUUUGUCAUAAUCUCCGUUUCUAAAAAAUUGUCACAGCCGGUUUUGGGUCACAGUCACUUCGACAGUAAGUGUAUUAAUUGACAACAAUUGCUAUAAAAUUAUCGAUUUAAUUGUCAACGAUGUAAUCGUGAAUUACCGGAGAAUAUGAACGGAAACGAGUGGAUCACUUGUAAUGGCAAACUAAUAGUUUUGUAUCUUAUGUAUCUUUUUUUUGUUAAGCGACGUAUCUUGUGAUUAGACUCACACGAUUAGACUCAACCACGAUACUAAUGAUGGUAUUAUUAAAUAAUGCGUGCUCUAAUUAUUACAGUUUUACGAUAGUUGUUUAAUGUAUAAAUCAACUUAUAUGGAUGAAGAAUUUAGAGAGAUAUUUUCAAGAGUGCACUUUUCAAAUUUACAAGGACGUAAGAUCUUUCUUCAUUUGACGUUUCUCUUUACAUUUAUCAUCUUGCAAUCGGGCGAUACACAUUUCAUCGUUAUGCAUCGUCGUUUUCUUUUGCGUAUUUGUUUAAAAAAUGCGCAAUCAAUAGUUAAUAAUAUUAGUAUGAGGGGUAAAGUCGUUUAUUAAAACAUGGAAAUCAAACGCAUUACAUUUAAGAGUGAUUCAUAUUUGCUAUCCUUACACGCGUGAUGUGCGAUACAACGCAAUGAUGAAGUCCAUUGGAGAUAAUCUCAAAUAUAUAUUCUUUAUCUUAUAUUGCAUUUUUUUUGUAAAAAAAAAACUUUUUUCUUGUCAAUAAAUUCUUAGCAAUAAACUAUUAUAUUAACAUUUUAAUUAUUAUAGUAAUUUAACUAAACAGAUAUAGGAUGUAUUUCUAAGAGAUAUAAGAUAUACCAUUUAAAUAAAGCAUAAUUUAUAAAAUUUUAAGUCAUAACUUUUAGCUAUAGCUGUAGAAUUAUCUCAAAAUCACAAGUAUAAAAAACGAAAAUUUUUACAAUUGGGAUUUAUUAAGUUUUCCGAUUGACGAAAGAUGGUCGAAUGAAACAAAUUAUUUAGAAUGCUGCUAUCUUCAGAGAAUAUCUUCAUUAGACGUCAUUAUUGCAGCUGUUUGUACAUAAUGGAUGUAUGCGUGGUAUACUACAUGCGUUCAAAACAAUUUCGAAUAAUGGUUUUUCAGGUUACACGUCAAAUGUGUUCGGAACAAGUCAAUAAUCAAAUUUGUAUGUCAAACAAUUGUAGAGGACAGGUCUUGUUAAGAACAAGGAGUAUAUAUGAUUAAUCGUUAUUUUGAAUAGAAUAACAAUGAUACGUAGAUACGUGAUAUUAACAAUAUUCAUAAAUAUGUCAAUUAAUUGAACGUAGUUACGAAACAGAGAGGAACAAUUUAUAAAAAUAAUUUUCUUUUUUGUCAUAACUGCUUUUCAAAUGAGAAACUAUACGUAACAUUUAAUUUGCAAAAUUCGAUAUGUAUUAUUUAGGUAAGUUUAAACAAACUAGGUAUCCAAAAAUUUGUAGUUUCUUGUCGUUUACUUAACAUUUAUAUUUUUCUAAUUGGAUUUUUCUUAACCCAAGCAACAUAUGUUUAUCUUUCUAUACUUUUUCGAUUUUAAUUAUUUUUUAUAUAAAAAAAUUUGUUACACACUCAUCAUUGCAAGAAUUUAUUUUAUAAAAUUUGUUACACCCUCAUCAUUUCAAGAAUUUAUUUUAUAAAAUUAUUUACUUAAACUUCUCUAGAUCAAUGUUUUCUCAAAAGAAUUUAAUUAGAGACGCUUAUACUGCUUUAUUAAAGCUUCUUCCUAAAGUUGUUUAAAUCACUUUGGUGAUAAAAGUAUAUUUGUGGCGCUGCAAUAGAUUGCGACUGUUCUAUUACAUUUUUUUAUAAACUAACUUUUUAUAUAGAAAUUGAAAAUUAACUUUAAUGCAAAUGAAAAAAAUGCAUAGAAAAAUUAUUAACAAAUAUUUAAUCUCUGAAUGUAGGAAAAUCAAUUUCGGAUGCAAGCCGUGAAGAGCGUCAAUAUCCAAAAUAAAAAUGAUUAAUUGAAUCCAAAGAAUAUGGCUUUAAGUUUGUUUGGUAAUUUGCAUCGAUUGCUGAGUGUCUCAUAAAAUGUCGUGAUUCUUUUUCCUUUAUCUCAUUUUACAUUUUAAUAAUAAUUUUAGUAUACCGUGGGAUAAUAAAAUAUACAUAAGGUUUGGCGUACGGUUUAGAAAUAUUUAAAUGGGAUUCUUAAUGUAAAUAAAUUAUCAAUCGCUUUUUUGUGCUUCUUUUAACUUCCAAGUGAUUCGUUUCCGAUAGGAGAAUCGCAGUUUCAGAACUACUGGUCGAUUGCUCAAACGCCGCAUGGAUGUGUAAUAGGUAUAGAUGCGUGUUCCCUAUCUUUCCCCUAUCUUAAUUAAUCUUAGCAUCUGUGCUCCGUUAGAAAGAGAACGUAAAAUGCGUAUUAGUGUCUCUCUUUAACUCGCUUUAGGUGGGGAGUGCAAUAGAGGAGGCGAUAGAAAGGGCGAUAUUUAAUCUUAUGUGUCAUUAUUCCCACUACUGAUAUUUUAGAAAGAGAGAGAGAGAGAAAGAGAGAACGAAACGCACCAAGCUGCCUUUCUCUUUCUAAACCAAUAGCAACAACUUUAUUGGAAUGUGCAGUCUAUACCAAUUGCAUCUAUAGCUACGGCCUUGUAUGGACGGAUAACUAAUUAUAUCGACCGUAAUUUUGUAUAUUAUAUAUUAUGCGUGUAAUUUGUUAUAGAAUAAAAGUAUAUAUCAUUAA